UAACAUGUUCUAGUAUAAUGUAUAUCUCUUUGUGUUAUAUUGGUUUUUGAUGAGUGUAAAACAGUGUGGUAAAAACAGAUAAUCAGCGGCCAAUUCUAAUAUGUUGCCUGUCUAUGAUCUUCUUCAUAGCAAUGCUGGGGCGGACCGCAUUGUACAGACAUCUUUAGAUUUCUGGAAAGCGGGACGAAAUCGAGACGAGCUCGAGCUCAAAGACCUGGAAACAUUGCUCUCUCUAUCAGUGUUCAACGACAACCAAAGUGGCUUUUUUCAUACAAGUUUGAUUGACAAGAACCUGGUGGACUUCUUCGUCCCGUUCCUGCCUCUGGAGUAUGAACACGUCGUCCAGUGUACCAUGGCCGAGAUGAGAGCCAGAGGACUUCAACCAGACCGAGAUGUGGCAGACAAGGUGGCCAAGGAUUUAGUCUAUUUCCCCAAAUCUGAAAGAGUCUUCUCUGUCAAAGGCUGCAAGACAAUAGAGAGCAAGUUGCACUACUACACGUAAUGUCGGCGUCGGAUUUACAAUACAUUCAAUCACUAUGUGCACUUUUCUUAAAGAAAACCAUUAUCAGCCAAAUGACUAAAGAGAGCAAGUCAAGCUGACUGAACUCUACACAGGUCUCUUUGGAGGAUUCUCUGUCUGACCUUGGGGCCACGAAGAGGAUAUCAGCAGGCCUUCUCCAAUGUUGCAUCUCGCUUACACUGAAUGAAGGGGCUGAUAAAGCGCAGAGUGCCAGUUGAAUGAAAACAUAAUAAGAUUGGAAUGCUAUCCUUUGUAACCGAUUAAGGGGUUUGAUCUCUGCUUUUAUGUCACACAAGAAUGAGGGUUUCAAAGAUGGCGUUGUUUUCAUGAGAGAUUCUUAAUGACUAAAGGUGUCCUGAAACUA